UAUAUAACUCUGCGUUUGGGCCGCAGUUAGACUUUCUGCUCCGCCGCCACCUCCUCUUCGUUCGCAGGGACCAUGGCGAAAAACAGGAACAACAAGAAGAAGAGAAACGGUGUCGUUUCAAUGGAUACCACCGACGCAUCCGUUUCGGAACAAUCUCAAGCAAUGGAUACAUCAGAGUCAGGAGUUCUAAACACGGCUUCUGGUGCUACCAAUAUGAAGAUGAAGCAGAAAGGAAGGCCUAUGAAGAGAUCAAAAAAUGUCCGAAAGAUGAAAGCAAUAGCAAAGGCUUUAUCCGCUAAUGAGAAGUCAAUUGAGAAACUGUCGAAGAAUGAAAGCAAAAAAAGUAGAGUACAAUCUGCAAAAACACUCUAUGAAUGAAUGGUUAAAUGCCUCAUAUCAUCAUCACUUGGAAAAAUUUGAUACUUCAUCUUGCAAGAGCGGAGUAUACGCAUUUUGUAAUUUAAUUUAGCUAAAUUUAAUUAAUUAUUAGGCGAAGAGUUGUUUUUAAGAAUGAAGCUCCUUUUUUGUUGAAUCCUUAUGGUAAUUUUGAUUUAUUAUUUUAUGUACUUUUAUUCUAUUGUCUCAAUGAUAUUAAGGAAAAGUCAUAGCUCUGUUUCACCUAUCAA